CAAGUCCACUUUACAGCCACACAACAAAGCACUUCCAACCUCCAACCAUCACAAGCUCUCCCUACACACCAACAAUGACAGAAAAACACAAUAUCACCAAACCACCACAUGUUCUACUCUUCCCCUACCCUUCACAAGGCCACAUAAACCCCAUCAUCCAAUUCGGCAAACGCUUACUCUCCAAAGGUGUCAAACCAACCCUUGUCACAACCAUCUACCAAUUCAACUCCACCCUCCCCCACAACACCACCACUAACCCCAUCGAAAUCAAAGCCAUUUCCGACGGUUUCGAUGAAGGCGGUUACUCGAGUGCCCAAAGCGCAGAAUCCUACCUCAAAACAUUCAAAGAAACUGGCUCAAAAUCACUAGCUGAUCUCAUCAAGAACCUUCAAAAUGAAGGAAACAAGAUUGAUGCAAUCAUUUAUGAUUCCAUGAUCAUUUGGGCUUUGGAUGUGGCCAAGGAGUUUGGAAUAAAUGCUGGUUCGUUUUUCACUCAAGCUUGUGGUGUAAACAGCAUAUAUUAUCAUGUUCAUAAGGGUUUGAUCUCUUUGCCACUUGGUGAAAAUGCACCUGUUUUGGUUCCUGGGUUGCCACAGCUUGAACGGUGGGAAACGCCGUCGUUUGUGCGUGAUCAUGGAGCGUACCCUGGAUGGUCUCAGACUGUGUUUAGUCAGUUCGUUAAUAUUGAUGAAGCACGGUGGGUGUUCACAACUAGUUUCUAUCAACUAGAGAAAGAGGUAAUAGAGUGGAUGAGAAAAAUGUGGAACUUGAAGGUAAUCGGGCCAACAAUUCCAUCAAUGUACCUUGACAAACGAAUUAAAGAUGAUAAAGAUUACGGGUUCAGUCUCUUCAAAGCAAACCAAGACGAAUGCAUAAAUUGGCUAAAUGAUAAGCCAAAGAAAUCAGUCGUUUACCUAUCAUUCGGGAGCAGUGCAAAACUAAGACCCGAACAAAUGGAAGAAAUUGCAUGGGGAUUGAGCAAUAGCAAUGUUAAUUUCUUAUGGGUUAUUAGGGCUAAAGAAGAGGAUAAACUCCCUAAAGAUUUUGUGGACAUACUAAAAACCGAAAAGGGGUUAGUUGUGCCAUGGUGUACACAACUAGAUGUGCUAGCACACGAAUCAGUAGGAUGUUUUGUUACACAUUGUGGGUUUAACUCGACUAUUGAAGCAUUAAGUAUAGGAGUCCCAGUCGUGGCAAUGCCUCAAUGGACAGAUCAAAUUACUAAUGCCAAGUGCCUAGAUGAAAUUUGGGGUGUUGGAGUAAGAGUUAAGGCUGAUGAGAACGGGAUAGUGAGAAGGGGAAAUCUUGUGUCGUGUAUAAAGAAGAUUAUGGAAGAAGAAAUAGGAGUAGUAGCCAGGAAGAACGCGGCUAAAUGGAGGGAAUUGGCUAAAGUAGCCGUUAAUGAAGGUGGAAGCUCUGAUAAAGAUAUCGAAGAAUUUGUAUCUGAACUAAAGCAUGCAUGCUGAUUUACCAUUUGAUAUGUAUGUUGGUGAUUAUUGUAAUUGUUUCAUGAUAUUUGGAUAUAUAUAUAUAUAUAUAUAUAUAUAUAUAUAUAUAUAUAUAUAUAUACAUAUAGGGUAGGGAUCCUAAGAGAAGUCCACCCUAUAUUAAUGCUAACUAAUACAAAAUAUGUUUGUGAUAUUUGUAUCCUAGAUUUGGCGAAUAAGAAACAUGAAUGAUGGAGUUUACUAA